AUCCAGGAGUGCAUUUACUAAGUUGGCCGGCAUGAAUUGUUUCCGGACCCUCUCACUGUUCCACCUGGUUGCCCUCGCGGUCAACGCAGCAGUGAUCACUGAAAAUGGCUUCCCCAUCCUCUGGGACCAGGUGUCCAGUCAGCUGUCAGACCUGCCUCAGGUGGACAAGGUGGUCACCAUUAACCCCUGGAACUACCUGCACAGGAUGAGUCUGUAUAGGAUUCUGCUGGGCUCCACCAACAAGUACAUGGCCUCCAUGGGAAGCAGUGAGGCUGACAGCCCGUUUUGGGGCCUGCCACUGCAGCUGGGCUGGAAACUCCGGUCAGGGCGGUUGGUUGAUCCCAGUGGAGCUACAACAUGUGGACAGGAAGGUGAUCCCAUGUGCAUUUCUGCCAAGAGCUGGUGGUCAUGUGUGAACCACUACAUCUCAGUGAUCCCAUUCCUGGCUGCUGUCGGAAAAGGCGUAAUUGGAGAUGGUCUCCUUCAGGUCCAGAUGCAGGCGCCAGCUGAAUCAGCAGAGGAAUACUGCACUUCAUUUGCAAACUGCUCUGCUACUCACCCAGACCUCAUGACCAAGUGGGAAGAAUUCUUUGAGACCCUGAAAAACGUGAGCACAUUAGAGAUCUCUGACUUUGAGAAAAGGGAUCAAAUUCUGGGAGCUUAUUGGGCAGGUCAACAACAAUCUCUGAGUACCGCUUCAUCCAGCUGCAAGGAAAAGAUGAGCGCCUAUUCCAGUCCAGAGGCUUCAUUUGCCAACAGCUGGAUGAACUCUGCAGACUAUGUGGCAGCGGCAUACUUCCAGUCCAGCAUGAAUAACUCUGUGCUGUUCCUGAGCCCUCUGCCCAGCAGGCUGCUUAAGGAGGGGGAUAGCCCCCCUAACAUAGCUGACCUCAGCGCUGAGGAGAACCACGCCCUCUAUAUCUUUGACUGGAUGAACAGAAUGAACAAAAUUCUGUUGGGAUCUCUGGUGAAGAUGUGGCGCUCAGCCAUGUGCUCUGACAAGGCCCGGGAGAAGGGCCGGGAGCUCCUAAAGGAUCUCGUGCUGAACCCUAAGUUUGCUGUCUCCACCUUUGUGUCCAUUCUUACAGAGAUGACGCGCAGUUGCUGAGGUCAAAUCAGACACUCCUACUGGCUAGUAGUUGCUGAGGUCCAAUCAGACACUCCUACUGGCUAGUUAAGACCUGUUCCAAUGAGAGCAUCACACACAAUUCACUGUGAUUCAUUGUUUAAUGUUUCUGAAUAAAAAACUAAGAAGAGUA